UACAUUCUUCUUUCAGUGAAUUCUCACCAUGAAGAUUGUAUUGCUCCUAGCUAGCUGCUUGUGUGCCGUUGUCUUCUGUCAGGACACUACGUCCGAUGGAUUGAACCGUUAUCGAAGGGAAAUUAAGUAUGAUAGUUACUUAAUGAACGUUGCAAUACCUGGAAGUGUCAUUACGAAAACAUGGUUUAUUGAAGUCAAGCACUGUUACAUACCAAUCCACACCUAUAUCGACAUUCACAGAAACAGUUCGCUCACAGAGUGUGCCUACCAAUGUCUUCUUACGCACGGCUGUCGGUCAUUCGAAUUCGGGAGAAAGCACAACAACUGUUUCCUCUCUCACCACAACGGGCAACAAACCAAGGCCAAAUACAGCUACUAUAGAGAUUUCUACCAGUUACUAAACCCUAAUGAAGAAUUUAUCAAGAUACUCGGAGUUUCAAUCAGAAAUCAUGACCUGCAGAGAAUACACAACGUCGGUGUGGAAGACUGUCUUGAUAAAUGCAGGACUUUGUCAUACUGUAAUGUGAUGGAAUACAAAAAGCAGCAUAACAAAUGUGAUUUAUCCAACGUAACCUACUCAAAAUAUCCGAUCAGCGUGAACUACUUUGGUUGGGACUUCUAUCAGAAAAAUCCGACAUUUUGCGACUUGAAAUGUGGACCUAUGGAACGAUGCAAAAUUGAAAACUCCCAGAAAAAAUGUGUCUGCUACCCGGGAUGUAUUAAACUACCCAGCGGAAAAGGAUGCUAUGAAAAACCGCCUCUCAAAUGCAACAACUGCAAAUGUUCGGCAUCUGGAGAUCCUCACUAUCGAACCUUUGACGGCCAACUGAUCCACUUUAUGGGAACGUGCAAAUAUACUUUGGCAAGAUCUCUGCAAUCCAAAGGCGCUGGAUUUUUCAAUGUUGAAGUGAAGAACGAAAAUAGGGGUAACGCGAAAGUGUCCUAUACCCGUAUGGUUGACAUUAUUCUGGAAGGUGUCCGUAUCCGUUUAUUGCCAAAACUCAAAAUAAGGGUCAAUAACCGCAAUGUAGAAGCACCAGUGAGGAACAAGAAACUCGGUUUCACCAUCAGGCUUUCCAACCGUUGGAUCCACGUAGAGACCAGCUUCAAUCUACGCGUAUCAUUUGACGGCAAACACAGAGUCAGGGUUAGCAUACCUCGAAAAACUUUCGGAGGACGAAUGACUGGGUUAUGCGGCGACUGCAAUGGACACAGGGACGAUCUGAGGACUAGCAACGGAACUGUUGUGGUACACAAAAAGAACAAGUUUUCCCUUAUUGGAGAGAGCUAUCGUGUGACAGACGAUUCAGAUAUGCCUAAACUCAGAUGUGAAGAAAAAGAUCCUAAUCCUGAUGACGAAUGUAAACUAAACGGACAAAAGUACUGUGAUAUUAUCCGCAAUCCAAGAGGAAUGUUUGGGAAAUGCAUCGAAAAGCUGGGAGCAACGGAUGUCAGAGAAUUCUAUGAGUCUUGUUUGUACGAUUAUUGCUUUUAUGCCAAUUCGACAAUCAUCGAAAGUAUUGUAUGUGCCUCCCUGGAGAGUUUUGCUGCAGAAUGUGAAUCGGCUGGUGUCGUCUACAAUUGGAGGUUCCUUACCAAUUGUCCCAUGGAUUGCUCGGAAAACAUGGAAUACAAGUACAGAGCUAGUGGAUGCCAACCAACAUGUGUAGAGGCGAACCCAGAUUGUACCAGAACAGAAAUUGAAGGAUGUGUGUGCAAACCUGGUUACGUCCUCAGUGGAGAGAAGUGCAUUAAACCACAUGACUGUGGUUGUACCUACGACGAAUUUUACAUCAAGUUGGGCAAAAACUUGACUCUACCCGGUUGCGAUAAGAUAGUUGUGUGUGAAAAAGAUGGAUCAGCAAGAGGACGACGGAAAAUUGUUGAUAUUGAAGGCUGUGUGGUGAAUUCACAGUGCAUCACUCGGGACGGAGUUUGGCAAUGUGUCUGCAAUAAAGGAUUCGCAUACAAUGACAACAAAACCGAAUGUGAGAAAGUUCCAGUCUGUGGAGUUGAACCUAUUGACAUCCAGUUUGUGGUUGACAUAUCUAAUAGUAUUAGAGAGGAAGGACUCUACGAAACCAAAAAAUUCCUUACGGAAUUUGUCAACGCUUCGAUCAUUUCUUCUACACAAGCUCAAUUAGGAAUUCUGCUAUUCAAUUCUAAAGUCAGCAAUAAGUUUUUCAUUGACGACGCCAAGACUAAAGAAGAAAUCAAAGAUGCAAUCGAAACGAUCGGACCCGUACACAGUGGAACAAGACUUAGUGCUGCUCUCCGGUUCACGUCAACCUCUGCGCUCUCACUACACACCGUUCGGAAAGACGUCAAGAGAGUGGUAAUAGUCAUCACUGAUGGUCAAAUCUCAAACAAGCAGGAGGUCGCACGCUGGAGUAAACAUAUACGCGUUAUCCGGAAUGCCAGAAUCGUAAUCAUCGCUGUCGGGCGCACAGACGAUGCACUUCUGGGCGAAAUGACGAGUGACGGAGGCAAGGUACUACAUGCGUCGCGUUACGACACCCUACAACGAGUAAUUGACGACCUCUACCGAGUGGUUUGUAAGUAAACACCCAAUCAUGAGGUGGUGGUGGUACUACUACUACUACUACUACUCAAAGAAAAUCAUGUUGACUACAUGAUUAAAUUUAUUUCAUAAUAAUAGUUAUAUAUAAUGAAAUAAUGAUUAAAAUUAUAAAAUGAUGAUUAUAUAAACCUAAAACUGAUAACAAUAAACGAUAUAUUGCAGCUAAA